AAACAAUCUUUUAUCACUGCUUAGUGUGAUCCAUUCAACUUAUUUAGCUCAAACAGUGAAAGUUCUUUCUCAUCAUUUGAAGAUAUGGCUCCAGAGAAGGAAGUAAGUGGUCAAGUGCAGUGGAGCAUAAGAAUCACAGAUGACUCAACCAAAGUUUUAGCUCCAGAAAGAGGCCUUGCCAGCAAAUUUUUUCAUGGUCUGAAAGGUCUGAUCAUAUGGCUCUUUUCGAAACCGGCGAAAUUCCUGCAUAAUGCUUGGAAAAUAGGCUGCAAUGAUCCAAGAAAAGUUAUCCAUUGUUUGAAAGUAGGGAUAGCUCUCACUGCUGUCUCUUUCUUCUACUAUAUGAGGCCUCUCUAUGAUGGUGUUGGAGGAACUGCUAUGUGGGCAGUUAUGACAGUUGUUGUAGUUUUCGAAAACACAGUAGGUGCAACACUUUACAAGUGUGUGAACAGAAUUUGUGGAACUCUUUUAGCUGGAUUUGCUGCCAUUGGAGUCCACUGGAUUGCUAGGCAUUCAGGAGAUAAAUUUGAGCCUUACAUUGUGGGAGUUUUUGUAUUUUUUUUAGCUUCUGCAGCAACUUUCUCUAGAUUUAUUCCAUCAGUAAAAUCCCGGUUUGAUUAUGGAACUAUGAUCUUCAUCCUCACCUUCAGCUUCGUUUCGAUUUCUGGUUACCGAGUAGAAAAGUUGUUCGAUUUGGCUCAUCAAAGAUUAUCCACCAUAAUCAUUGGAACUUCAUUGUGCAUUCUUAUAAUUAUGACUAUUUGUCCCAUUUGGGCUGGCCAAGAGCUCCAUACACUCAUCACCAGGAACAUGGACAAGCUUGGUGACUCACUUGAUGGUUGUAUGGCUGAUUACUUUAGUGACAACAACAGCAAAGAAUCUGAGAAAAGCUACAAAUGUGUGCUGAGUUCAAAAGCUGCAGAAGAUACUAUGGCCAAUUUUGCUAGGUGGGAACCUGCACAUGGCCGCUUCAACUUUCGACAUCCAUGGUACCAGUACCUGGAAAUCGCAGCAGCAAUGCGAGGCUGCGCUUAUUGCAUAGAAGCUUUUAAUGGCUGCCUAAAAUCUGAAAAUAAGGCACCAGAGCAACUAAAGAAGCAACUGAGCAACAUUUGUUUAGAAGUAAGCUCCAACUCUACAAGUGUUAUAAAAGAGGUAGCUACCAUGAUGAAGACAAUGAAGAAAUCAUCUAGAAUAGAUUUCUUAGUUGAGCAAAUGAACACUGCAGUUCAAGAGCUCCAAAAAGACUUGAAAUCUUUUCCUGGUGUGUCCAUUCCAGUGCCAAUGCCUGAGGAUGCUCCUCCUCCUCCUCCUACUUUUUCUCAAGAUGAUAAGAAAACCGAGGCCGCGAAUGAUUCGAGCAAUGGAGCUGCAGCAGCCUCAGCCCCAGUUGCAGUCCCUCUCAUGGAGAUAAUUCCUUUGGUUACCUUAACAUCUUUGUUGAUUGAAAUAACUGUAAGGAUUAAAAGCACUGUUAAUUCAGUAGAAAAACUUGCAGACUUGGCUCAUUUUCGACCUGUGACUGAUGAGAAGGUAAAAAAAGAUAAUAAGCCUGAUAACAACAAGAUUGUUGGGCAAGAUCAACAUAAAGAAGAUGAAACCUUGAGAACCCUUCAAAGGGUUUAGAUUACUUUAUUGUUAGAUUGUUAUGUAUAUCUCAUUUGCAUUAAU